AAUGCAAACUAGCUUGCUUUGUAAUACGGAUAUAUAAGGCACUAGGAAACAAUACCAAUGGCAGUAAAGUGUGAUAGUUCGCGACCAUGGCAUCAUCUAAGAUAUUGAUAACAAUCUUCGGAGUGCUGGCUUUAGCAGUAGCAGUCCUCGGUCAAUUUGGUGGUGGUGGAUUUGGCGGUAACCAAGGCGGAUUUGGCGGUAACCAAGGCGGAUUUGGUGGAAGACCAGGCGGAUUUGGUGGAAGACCAGGCGGAUUUGGUGGACCAGGGAACCAAGGCGGUUUUGGUGGACCCGGGAAUCAAGGUUUCGGUGGACAAGGUGGAUUUGGUGGACCAGGUGGAUUUGGUGGACAAGGUGGAUUCGGUCAAGGCGGAUUUGGUGGACCUGGACCCCAAGGAGGUUUUGGUGGUGGCGGCCCAGGUGGAUUCGGUGGAGCCAGACCCCGUGGUGGCAGAUUUGGAGGUGGAGGUUUGGUUGGAAAUGGUUUCCAGUAUUAGUCUGUUACCAACAACAAUACGCAUGUUGAUUUAUUCCCACUGAUUUUUUGCUAGUGAUGUAUUAAUUUCAUGUUCAAUUGUUCGGUUUCUGGUGUCUUAUGUAUUGGAAUAAUUAAUUCUUCGUACCAUGAAAACAUGAGGUUGAAAAACCCUUCCCGUAUCGUUUGUUAUGUUAUCUAGAAACCGUGCACUUGAUAUGUAUGCCCCCUUUAUGUUACAGGUUGUAUAAAAUAAUUGUUUUACUAGUCACUGUAUAAUAGGUACAGAAGCAAAUAAUAUUUCUACCAUAUCUAUUGACAUUUCCAAAAUAAAAUGUAAAUAGUAAAAUUUUACAAUGCCAUAACGUUCUAUUUAAAUAUUAUGCCGAUCGUUUUCCACGAAACGGAAUUAUUUACGUAAGUGCCGAAAAUAAAAUAUUUAUUUUAA